GGCCCGGAGCGCAUCCGACAGUGUGGUUGUGCGGGAAAGGGCCGGGCAUGGACGCGGCGCAGUGCCCCGGAGGGGGGCGGUCCACCCCGACAGCGCCAGGCGUCCGUGGCGGCCUUGGGCGACCUCUGGGUCUUUCACGCUCCGCGUGGUACCCGGGAAAGGGAGCGCACCCUGCCGCCACGCUGGGAGCCCCACACCGGGUUCUCCGCGCUCGCCGCAGACAGGGACCGGGAAAGAGCCCCGCGGAAGCAGGCCCUGGCGUUGGCGGUCGGUGCUCGCGCAGCCCCGCCGCCCCCGGCCCGCCCGCGCUCGCGACCCGGGAAGGACUUGUGACACUCAGGCUGGAGAAAGCCACGGGCCCAGCGGUCCCGUGGGGCCGCGACCAGGAAGCCCGCCCGAGGCCAGCCACUUCGGCCGCUGCCACGCAUCGGGUGGCGCGCUCCGGCGGCGUCGGGAGGGCUUCCCGGAACCCGGCCGGAGCGCGCGGCAGGGGCCUCGGAGGAAGGCUGCGUGGCCUUUCCAUCCCCACUCCGGCCCGCCCGCCGCCACCACGAGGUUGGGGGCUCUUCGAAGGACAAGUGACCAACUUCCUGGGGUCCCCCGGGGGGACCUCCGUGCCGGUGGCCGCUUUCGGCGAGUCGCCUGCACAUCCCGCCGCCGGGGCUCCAGGUCGGCAACCCUGCCCACCUCUACCCCCCGCCCGGGGGCCGAGUCUCCCGGCCUCUGCGCGCGGAAUGGAGGGAACUUUAGCCAGAGCAUGUUUGCUUUUUAUGUUUUGAUUUCCUUUUUUCACCCAGCACCACAGUUUUCCGAAAUCACUCGGAAUCUGAGUCACCGCUGACAGCAGAGCUAUUUGGUGGCUUCUGCAGGAGCCCCCGGGAAACCCGCCCCGGGCCGCGCCCUCCGGGG